GCACCGGCACUCUGGCUUUCUCCUUUCUCCCUCUGCCUUAAUGAUGCUGCCCCUUUCCUGUUCCUGAAUGAAGCUGAAGCCCGCUUCCUUUCGCCACACACAACACAGCAGCAAUCUUCUCAGCCGUGCACUCACAGCUGGGAAAAUGAAGGGAGGAAGGAGUCCCAGCCACAGGAUAGAGGAACGGCCUCUCCACAGAGACGCUGCUGCUUCUGAGCUGAAGUGACAGUCAAGUUCAGCAGCUGUGUGGGGACCAAGGGGACGCAAUACGAGACCAACAGCGUGGACUUCAAAGUCGGGGCCGACGGGACGGUCUUCGCCACCCGGGAGCUGCAGGUCCCCUCCGAGCAGGUGGCGUUCACGGUGACCGCGUGGGACAGCCAGACAGCAGAGAGAUGGGACGCCGUGGUACGGCUGCUGGUGGCCCAGACCUCGUCCCUGCACUCUGGACACAAGCCACAGAAGGGAAAGAAGAUCGUGGCUCUGGACCCCUCUCCGCCUCCGAAGGACACCCUGCUGCCGUGGCCCCGGCACCAGAACGCCGACGGGCUGAGGCGGCGCAAACGGGACUGGGUCAUCCCGCCCAUCAACGUGCCCGAGAACUCGCGCGGGCCCUUCCCGCAGCAGCUCGUGAGGAUCCGGUCCGACAAAGACAAUGACAUCCCCAUCCGGUACAGCAUCACGGGAGUGGGCGCCGACCAGCCCCCCAUGGAGGUCUUCAGCAUUGACUCCAUGUCCGGCCGGAUGUACGUCACGCGGCCCAUGGACCGGGAGGAGCAUGCCUCUUACCACCUCCGAGCCCACGCUGUGGACAUGAACGGCAACAAGGUGGAGAACCCCAUCGACCUGUACAUCUACGUCAUCGACAUGAAUGACAACCGCCCCGAGUUCAUCAACCAGGUCUACAACGGCUCCGUGGACGAGGGCUCCAAGCCAGGAACCUACGUGAUGACGGUCACGGCCAACGAUGCUGACGACAGCACCACGGCCAAUGGGAUGGUGCGGUACCGGAUCGUGACCCAGACCCCGCAGAGCCCGUCCCAGAAUAUGUUCACCAUCAACAGCGAGACUGGAGACAUCGUCACAGUGGCGGCUGGCCUGGACCGAGAGAAAGUUCAGCAGUACACAGUCAUCGUUCAGGCCACAGACAUGGAAGGAAAUCUCAACUAUGGCCUCUCAAACACAGCCACAGCCAUCAUCACGGUGACAGAUGUGAAUGACAACCCGCCAGAAUUUACCGCCAGCACGUUUGCAGGGGAGGUCCCCGAAAACCGUGUGGAGACCGUGGUCGCAAACCUCACGGUGAUGGACCGAGAUCAGCCUCACUCUCCAAACUGGAACGCCGUUUACCGCAUCAUCAGUGGGGAUCCCUCCGGGCACUUCAGCGUCCGCACAGACCCCGUCACCAAUGAAGGCAUGGUCACCGUGGUGAAGGCAGUCGACUACGAGCUCAACAGAGCCUUCAUGCUCACGGUGAUGGUGUCCAACCAGGCACCCCUGGCCAGCGGGAUCCAGAUGUCCUUCCAGUCCACGGCAGGGGUGACCAUCUCCGUCAUGGACAUCAAUGAGGCUCCCUACUUCCCCUCAAACCACAAGCUGAUCCGCCUGGAGGAGGGCGUGCCCCCUGGCACCGUGCUGACCACGUUUUCGGCUGUGGACCCUGACCGGUUCAUGCAGCAGGCUGUGAGAUACUCAAAGCUGUCGGACCCGGCGAACUGGCUGCACAUCAACACCACCAACGGCCAGAUCACCACAGCGGCAGUGCUGGACCGCGAGUCCCUCUACACCAAAAACAACGUCUACGAGGCUACCUUCCUGGCAGCUGACAACGGGAUACCCCCGGCCAGCGGCACCGGAACCCUCCAGAUCUAUCUCAUUGACAUCAACGACAAUGCCCCUGAGCUGCUGCCCAAGGAGGCGCAGAUCUGCGAGAAGCCCAACCUGAACGCCAUCAACAUCACAGCGGCUGACGCCGACAUCGACCCCAACAUCGGCCCCUACGUCUUCGAGCUGCCCUUUGUCCCGGCGGCUGUGCGGAAGAACUGGACCAUCACCCGCCUAAACGGUGACUAUGCCCAACUCAGCUUGCGCAUCCUGUACCUGGAGGCCGGGAUGUAUGACGUCCCCAUCAUCGUCACAGACUCUGGAAACCCUCCCCUGUCCAACACAUCCAUCAUCAAAGUCAAGGUGUGUCCAUGUGACGACAACGGGGACUGCACCACCAUUGGUGCGGUGGCAGCAGCUGGUCUGGGCACCGGCGCCAUCGUGGCCAUCCUCAUCUGCAUCCUCAUCCUGCUGACCAUGGUCCUGCUGUUUGUCAUGUGGAUGAAGCGGCGGGAGAAGGAGCGCCACACGAAGCAGCUGCUCAUUGACCCCGAGGACGACGUCCGCGACAACAUCCUUAAGUAUGACGAGGAAGGUGGCGGCGAGGAGGACCAGGACUACGACCUCAGCCAGCUGCAGCAGCCGGAAGCCAUGGGGCACGUGCCAAGCAAAGCCCCUGGCGUGCGUCGCGUGGAUGAGCGGCCGGUGGGCGCCGAGCCCCAGUACCCGGUCAGGCCCAUGGUGCCGCACCCAGGCGACAUCGGUGACUUCAUCAACGAGGGACUCCGGGCUGCCGACAACGACCCCACGGCACCCCCCUAUGACUCCCUGCUGGUCUUCGACUACGAGGGGAGCGGCUCCACCGCAGGCUCCGUCAGCUCCCUGAACUCAUCCAGUUCCGGGGACCAAGACUACGAUUACCUCAACGACUGGGGGCCCAGAUUCAAGAAGCUGGCGGACAUGUAUGGAGGCGGUGAAGAGGAUUGAUGACCUCGCGUCUUCGCACCGAAGUGAGAGCCACACUCGGACGCCGGAGGAGCAGGACUGAGCGGAGGCGGUCGGUCUUCCCGACUCUCCCUGCGGCCGUGUCCUUAGUGCUGUUAGAAGGCCCCCCACCCCCACGUUGAGCUGUCUAGCAUGAGCACCCACCCCACGGCGCCCUGCACACAGCCGCUGCCCAGCACCGCGCCGGCUGGCACUGAAGGACAGCAAGAGGCACUCUGUCUUCACUUGAAUUUCCUAGAACAGAAGCACUGUUUU